AAAGUAAUGUGAAUAUAUAAUAUAAAAUAGAUAAAAAUAUAUCAAAUGUGUUUUAAGAGUACAAUUGGCGAAUAUGUUAAAUUUUGUACUCAGUAAUAUGCUUAUAGAAAUUAAAUAACUCGUAAAGUCUAACAAAUAGAAUAAGUAAAUUGUUCAGAUGCAAUAACUUAACUCAGUCACAUAUGAAAAUGCAACUUUAUUAUUUUUAUUGAGUGAGUGACUGGAUAUGGGCGCUAAACCUAUAUACACCUAUAUAAAUCAGUGUAAUUUCAAAUUACUAUUUCGGAUGUUUCUCAUUUGUAGUAUUGAAAAAUAUAACUCGAUACACUAUUGAAUCUGAACUAAAUGGAGGACAAACGUAUUGCCGAUUACUUUGUUGUGGCAGGUAUGCCGGAAAAUCCACAGUUAUUACAGGAGAGUAUUUUUAACGAUUCAAGUCACCUGCGCGCCGCCAAUACAAUCGAACCCAUUACAGAUAUUGGUGUAUAUUUUCCUUUAUUAGGAGAAGAAAUACCAGAAGGUUACCAAGUUCUAGAUAGCACACCAAGCGGUUUACCAGCGAACUUAAAUUAUGGAUCUAUGCGGGCGACUGAAUGCUAUAUAUUUUAUCGACGUGGAAAAGACAAACCACCUCUCGUCGACAUUGGUGUACUUUAUGAAGGUCACGAACGUAUUAUGUCUGAUGCAGAAAUUGUAGGCGAAACACCUGGAAAGCGAGUUGCGAAUGUUAAUAACUCAUCAGCUAAAACAUUUUUAACAUAUCGACGUGCUAAAUCUGAUAUGCCAUGUAAUGAAUUGGUUGUUACAGAUUUAUGUGUUAUUAUACAUAGUAAAGGUGAAAAACCACCUCAUGCUUUUUGUCUAAUAUAUAAGACAUUAAACAAGGGCUAUAUGGGAAGCGAUGUCUAUUUAUGUUAUAAAAAAUCUAUGUACCGUCCGAAACUAAUUAGUUAUCAGCCCGAAAUUUUAUUACGAUAUCCAACUUGUGAUCGAAAAGACUUUCCCUUAAACUUAUGCCCAAGUGUACCUUUGUUUUGCUUACCAAUGGGAGCAUCUCUUGAAGCCUGGCCUUAUGUAGAGCAAGAUCAAAAGCGAAAACCUAUAAGUCCCGUAUUUAGUACUUUUGUAUUAACCGUUAAUGAUGGUACAUAUAAAGUAUAUGGCUCAGCUCUAACAUUCUAUGAAGACUUUGAUGCAAUGAACCUUAAUGAACAACAACGGGAGUUAUUAGAAUGGGAUGAUGAAUUUGCGAAAAAUCAUUCUCUUCAUAUAAAUAAAGCUAUUUGUAUUUUAUCUCAUCAUCCAUUUGGAGAUACGUUUGAUAAGUGGUUGAAAUAUUUACACAGAAUGGUUGUCUUUGGUGUUGAUCUUCCCAUACCAAUAGAACGUUACAUAACCCAAUUACUUGAUGAAGUUCCGUUUCCAUCACCAAGUAUUCAUCUACAGCUGUCAAGUGAAUCUAAUGAACGUGUUUUGCUUACUCAACCGGAGGAUUCUCCUUUACCAAGAAGUGGCGCUGGUUUUCAUAUGUUUCUUCAAAACUUAGGCACUGAGAAUUGUUUACAUGUUUUGCUUUUAGCUCUUACCGAACAGAAAAUACUGAUACAUUCUUUAAGACCAGCAACAUUAACUGCUGUGGCUGAAGCAAUAGUUUCACUACUAUUUCCAUUUAAAUGGCAAUGUCCAUACAUUCCUUUGUGUCCAUUAGGUUUAGCAGAGGUACUUCAUGCUCCAUUACCAUACUUGAUAGGUGUGGACUCUCGUUUUUUUGAUCUCUACGACCCACCAAUGGAUGUGACUUGUAUUGAUUUGGACACAAAUACAAUAAGUCUCUGUGAGUCCCAAAAACAUCUAAAUAUUAAAUUGUUACCAAAACGAGCCGCACGGUUUCUCAAACAGACUCUAAAUGAUCUAGAAGACAUCAAACAGCAUAACGUUGACUCCAAUAAUAGUCUUGAUCGGGAUUUACGUAAACGAAAACGAGAGCAAAAUUUGGAGCAGCGAAUUCAAGAAGCUUUUUUGUUAUUUAUGGCAUCUAUAUUGCGUGGAUAUCGUGAUUAUUUAGUACCAAUAUCAAAAGCACCUUCUGUUGGAGCAACUGAUCCCAGUGCUUUAUUUCAACUAAAAGCAUUUUUACGUUCAAGAGAUAAGGCUCAUCAUAAAUUCUUUGAGUUACUUAUGAAAACACAAAUGUUCAUACGUUUUAUAGAAGAGCGAUCUUUUGUAUCUGAUGGUGACCAUGGUUUGACAUUCUUUGAUGAAUGCAUGGAGAGAAUUAGCUCUUAUGAUGAGACUCCGCCCGAUUUACGUCUAGUCGAUUGGGAAAUAGGACAUAACAGUGAAAGAACCAAGUAUAUUUUUCCUCCCGAUAAUGGUGGAUUAAAUAAAGAUUAUAUAGAUAGUUCAUAUAACUAUAGAAAUUUUACACUUAAUGCGAAUUUGCUUAAAUCAUCAAAGAAAACUGCAUUCACAAAUUUUAUGCAACAACAACAAAAUGGAUCACCUGGAUCUCCGAUAGCUCGCCGAACAAAGCAUGAAAUAAAAUUGUCUCAAAAAAUGGCAAGACGAUGUCAAAUGCAACCUGAGGCUUGGUCCAAACAUUUACUUGCGACAUGUUAUUCGUUGUACUUUUUAAUACUGCCUUCUAUGGUUAUAGAUAAUAGACAAGUAGGUAAAGAGCAUGACGUUUUAAGACAAGCAUACGAUAUGCUAGUAUUUGCAAAUAAAAUAAAAAUUAAUAUUGAUGAGUUUUGCUAUCGCAUUAUGAUGCAAUUAUGCGGAAUACAUAAUUACCCUGUUUUAGCUGUACGUUUGCACUACCUAAUGAAACGAUCUGGUGUACAGCCAAAUGCAUUAACUUAUGGCUUUUAUAAUCGUUGCGUUCUGGAAUCAAAAUGGCCAAGCGACAAAACGUCUCUUAGUCAGUUGCGAUGGAAUCGAAUUAAAAAUGUAGUGUUAGGUGCGGCACUUUUUCGGCAUGCUGGUAAACAACAUGCUUCGAAAAAACCAUUGUCAACGUCAUAUGAAAAUAAUUUAUGCACAUUAGAAUCAGUUGAUGGCACAUCACGUACGAGCUUAGAUUCUUCCCAUUCGACUCAUCUUGAACGAGUAUAUGGCAGUGGUGAUGGUCAAAACUCAUUACUUGAUUUUGCAGCUUUUGAUAAGUUACGUAUAAAGCUAGGAAGUAUAGUUCGUCAAACAGUACCAAUAGUUUCUCAGGACUCUACAAGUGACGUAGUAAGUAGUGCCGGACUAUUAAUAUAUGGUGAUGUUAAAGCGAAUCCCACUUCUGAUGUUCUGACUUCGGCGGGUGUCAAUAAGACGGGUUUGGUUUCACAUGCUUCCGCAAGUACGCAUAAUGCAAAUAACGAAUUGAAUUCAAAGAGCAAAAAUGUGUUGUCUAAGCGAGAGAGUUUUGCAGGAGAUGCCCAAUUAUUAAACAAGCUACAGUCUAACAAGUCUUUAAUUGAAUCUGAACGUUUUAAAAUUUUACAUAAUUACGAAAAUAUUAACGAAGAAUCGCAGUUGGAAGAUAAAGACAAAGAAGUUGCGAGUUCACAAGAAGAACUUGAUUACGAAUUACGGGAACACCUAUGUAAAAGAAACAUUCAAAGUCCCACAAAAAUUUCACCUCGGACACCAGUAACACAUAACGAUCCACUAGGUGCUUUCAGCGAGGAUACGAAUAUUGAAGAUAAUUCGAAAACUGGUCACUUGGAAGCUAAACAGCACUCUGAGUCUAGUACACGACCUCCAAGCAAUAACAUUUAUAGUGAUAAGCCAAUUCUUUUUAAAGGACAACGUAGCGCGACUUUUGAUGAAUCAACACAGUUAAAUAAAAGCAUGCAACGAUCAGAAACGAUGCCUGGUUCAAGUGUUACAUCUAGUUUGGCAAAUUUUAGUUCUUCUUUCAAAUUUAAUUUUGGUCCGAGCUUAAAUAGCAAGAAAUCGAAUGAAAUUAUUCAAGGGAGUUUAAGUAGCAUUAAAUUUGCAGCAAGUUCAAUCACUCGUAAAAUUGAUGAAAUCAAAGGAGUUAUAUCUGCAAAUUCCACUCCUAUUAAAUCAGGCAAUUCGUCUUAUAUACAAGGUGAUAGUAAUGUAGCAGAAGAGGAUACAAUUAUUCAUGAAGAUUUAGGUUCUAAAUCACGUCGAAAUACGAGUGAUUUGGAUCCUUGGGGUCGUUUAAGCGAAUCUCGAAAAUCAAGUUAUAACAAUCUUGUGCCAUUAGGAGAAAACAGUUCAACGUUUAACCUAAGUGCUUUAUCAAUGCUACCUGAAAAUCUUUAUAGUUCCACAACAGAUCGUUUGGACAGUCCAGAGUGUGAUAUUUUAAUACAAAUGACAUCGUGCUCACAGUGCCACAAUUGUUCGGUUUUACUUUACGACGAGGAAAUAAUGUCUGGAUGGUCUGCAGAAGAUUCGAACUUGAAUACUACAUGCCAUGCUUGCAAUAAGUUAACUGUACCUUUUCUGUAUGUGCAAUUAAUAGUUGAUGAAUCAUUGCAAGAUGUAAAACAAUCUGAUAGGUUAACAAUUCCAUAUUUAAACCCCUUAGUGCUACGCAAAGAGUUAGAAAAUAUCUUAAGACAAGAUGGGGAACUUGUUUUAGUAAAACCGAACUUCGUAGAAGAGCAUCCCAUAAUAUAUUGGAAUUUACUUUGGAUUAUGGAACGAAUAGAAAGUAAAACUCAUUUGUCAGAAUUGUGUUUACCUGCUACUAGUAAAGAAGACAUAGACCCUCUAAGUAAAGUUAAAAAAGUGAGUAUACAAUGUUUGUGGGAUAAUUUACUUUUGCACAGUGAAGUGGGACCUCCAAUGUACAUUUUAUAUAAUCAAAAUCAGCCUACGAGUCCACUUUUAAAAGCCUUGCUUACCGAUCAAGCGCAACUAAACAAGAAUGUUAUCCAGCAAAUUAUAUCUACUAUACGCUGCAAUGAUCUUCUAACUCCUGUGAAACGAUUAGCAAACGAACGCCAUAAGCUUAAAAAUAAUGGAAUUGAUCGCUCCCACUCAAUAUAUCGUGACAUAUUAUUUUUGGCAUUAACAGCUAUUGGUCGUUCAAAUGUUGAUCUUACCACAUUCCAUCGGGAAUAUGCUGCCGCUUUUGAUAAACUUACUGAAAAAGAAUGCAACAUGUAUUAUAGGAAUCAAGAUUUGCCACCAUCUACUACGACUAUAUUUUGUCGGGCAUAUUUCAAACCAUUAAUGCUUCCUUGACGAGAAUUAACUAUUUUCGCAAAAAGCAAUGCUUUGAAAGCGAAUUUUAAAUGGCGUACUAUCAUGAAUGGAUGAAAUAUGCAAAACGUAAAUCAUUUAAAAGCGUUCGUUGUGGGUAUAUUUGUAUUAAUUUAGAUAUACUAAAUGAAAUUUUAUUAUAUUGUAUUUUAAUUUAAGAAUGGCAAAGCAAUUAAUAUAAUAUUCAAAUCUUUGAUAUUAACUAUUCGA